CAUUUGGGUCAGUGGCCCCGCCCACACUGUAAUACAAAACGUUUGAAAUGUCCUAUACAGGUUAACUCGUUAACAGGGGAAAUUACGUGGUUAGGGUUAGUGUGAAAUUGUCGUAUGGUUGUAAAAUGUACGCAUUAUUUCGUUUAGACCUUCGCCAGCUCUGAUGGAUCUGCUGUUUGAGGUCCGAAUACAAACGCACCGGUAGUGACAGUGUCUGUUCACGAGCGAGCGUGGAAAAGUACGUGACGUCAUUGUUCCUCUGCACUUAUCUGCGCGUUAAGUACGAAGCGAUUUACUAAGCAUGGAUAACCUGGUUGCUUUUUAAGUAUAACAUUUUUUCAUCUGCAGCAUUAAAAAUCAGUGUCCCGGUUAAUAAAGCGCAGACGUAAUUGCAAUCCAAGUUUCUUCGGCCGUUGAAAAUGUAGAAUUAGCCGUUUUGCUACUGCGAUAGCAAAACAGCGUGUCCGCCAUAUUGGAUGGGGCAAGAUUAAACUUGUAAGCCAAUAAAAAUAUAUAGACACUCGAGGAUGGACCUCGCUUUAUUUUUAACUGUUUUUUAAUUUUAACUUUUUUGGCAGACGUUAUUAAUGUCUCUGUAUAUAUUUAAUACAACAUCAGGGCUUCCCAAACUGGAUAUCAUUCGUUUUACUUUACCAGACAUCAUAAAUUUCACUUAAUUUAUGACGUUACUUUGCAGUGGUGGUUCAUGUCUACCAGGGGUUUUUUCUUUUUUUACGUAUUCAACUUGGUUUAUAAGUUUGUAGUUUUGUUUUAUUUAGACAGUUGUUUGCUGUGCUUUACUAUAAAACUAAAACGUUAGUUGUGAUAUCCGUUUUAUCUGAGGCUGUGAUUAUGCAGAGGUGUGGAUUAUUUGCCCAGCGGAGGGUUCACAAUCUCCCCAUCUCAACACCCAACUCAGCAGCGGCUAAACAUAGGCUACUCACGAUACUUUACAUACGUAAAGUGUGUACAGACUUUUCCUCAGAAACUUACAUAUCCCACAAUAACUGCUUUGACAGGAAGAUAUAGAUAAUGGAUGAUCAUCAGCUCAAAGAUUUGAAUCCAGACGCACCGUCUGACGCCGUCCGGUGCCUCAUCUGCCUUAACACCUUCAGCGGGCAGCCAGUGGCGAGUCUGCAACACUGUAACCAUGUCUACUGCCUCGUCUGCAUCACUGAAUGGGCCAAGACUACAAAUUCCUGUCCUGUAGAUCGUCAGAAAUUUACUGUCCUCCACCAGAGAAGUUGCCCUGGAAGAGUUAUUCAAAAAAUAAUUACGGUGGAGCCGCAUGAUGAUCAGGAAAUAGAAGGAGAAAGAUCUGAGGAGCUGAGUGUGUGUGAGGAGUGUGGCAGGAGUGACCGGAGACACCUGAUGCUCCUCUGCUCUGCCUGUGACUCAAGGUUCCACAUAGUCUGUCUUCGUCCACCUUUGGCUGUAGUACCGGUUGAGGAUUGGUUCUGCCUGGAAUGUACCACCGAAGGCAGUCACACAAACGACAGUUUCUCUAGAGAUGAGAGUGAAAUAACUGAGGCUGAAAUGACGGAGCUGGUAUCUGAAGUCGUCCCAACAUCCAGUCGUCUCAGACCUUCCACUACAACCCAGCGUGGCGUUUCUGUCCACACCCGCAGGAGUGAGAGAGUUCGACAGCAAAGCAGCCGAACACACACCAAUCUGUCUCGCACAGUCCAGCAUGUGCCCAGAUACCUUUUGAAAUCAAGCUGGUCUAAUAGUGAAGAUGUCACGACAAGCAGCCUUAUACCAAACACUCAGAAAGCAAACAAGAAGGUCUCUUAUAAGAAAACAAGAAGAUGGAAAACGGAUAUACCAGAUUCUGUGUGAAAGCACCAAAAGAGACUUAAAUGUUCUGCAUAUGACCACAAGAUGGCAGCAUUAUAGUUGGUUAAAGGGGCAUUAAAUCAGUGUAUUGUUCAAUACAUAAACUUGUACUUGUUUUCAGCCAAUAAGAGAAUGGUCUUUUUAUCUCAAUUACUGGAUUUGUGUUAAAAUCUUGUAUUAUAAUCUUUAAGGAUACACCAUAGGUUUAGCAACCUAGACCUACAACAAGGCAAAUUUGGGAUAUUUUGCCUAUGGGAAAAACCUGGUUGUGUCAAGAACCAACUUUGUAUAAAAGUUAAAAGCUAGGUUAAUGCUAUGUGUCUUGCUUUUGUUUUAUACAUCACUGAAUGCAGAGUUGUUCUUCAGAUGAAUGAAUAAAAUAUAAAAUACUACAAGGAGUAAA